AUGAGUAAAGAAAGUGAAUUAGAAGAUAAGCAAUGCAAUUUUGAUGAUCCAAAUACAGGAAUAAUUUUUUUUUCUUUGAAAAAUAUGUCUAAAGUUUCAAAAAUGUCAUCAAAAUUGGAAGGACUAUCAAUAGAUGAAUGCAAAGAGUAUUGUGUUAAUGUUAAUAAUUUUAAUGAAACUUCUGCAUUUUGUGGUAGUUUUACAUAUAAUGAAUUAGAAAAAACAUGUAAUAUUAUAUAUGAUAAUGGUUAUAAAACAGAAAAUGAUAAUUUUGUAAUUAUUGAAAAUGAAACAUUUUAUGAAAAAUCAUGUAUAAAUGGUUUACCAAAAAAAUGUAAAUAUGAAACUAUAAAAUUAUUUACAAAUAGAAUAUUAUCAGGAUAUGCUGAAAAUUUGACAGUUGCCGGAAGUAUAGAAUUUUGUUUUGAGGAAUGUUUAAAAAAUAAUGCUUAUUGUAAAUCUUUUCUUUAUUUUCCAAAAGAAAAAGAAUGUAUUCUUAAUUCAGAAAAUAAUAUUAAUAAGCCUGAAGCAUUUUAUGAAGAAAAUAAUGAAGAUGUAUUAUAUGGAAAUAAUGAAUGUUAUGAAAAGGUUAAAAAAAUUACUUCCGAUAAUGUACUUUCUGACAAUAGUUUUAAAAUUGAGGAAGUAAAUAUAGUAAAGGAAAAAAUUUAUACAGAUAAAUUACCAUUGAAAAAUACAACAACAUUAAGUAGUAUUAUUCAAAGUACCGAAAAGGAACAGGGAACUUAUAAAGCAGAAAUAAUUAAUAUUUAUAAAGAUAAAUUAAAUGAAAAUAAUAGUAAUGAUGAUAUACAAUUAUCUAUUUCAACAACUACAUCAACAAUAAAUGAAAAAAAUGUUAAAAAAAUUAAUUUUUAUCCAAUACCAUCUCAAAAAAAGAAAGAUACCUAUUUUAGUGAAUGGGAAUUGUGGCCAACUUGUAUAAGUGUUGGUGAAAAAUUGAUAAGAAAAAGAAAAUGUAUUAAUCUUAAAAAAUGUAUAGGCCCAUUAACACAAAUGAAAAUUUGUAAACCAGAAGAUGUUGAAAAUUAUAUACCACCAAAAGAAGUAGUUGAUGAAAUGUCUGGUCCGAUAGGUCCUAUGAGAACAAUUAUUCCUGUUUCAAUGUAUGGUUCGAGAGAAUUAAUAAAUGGUGUUGGUUCACCACCAUCAAUUUAUCCAAAUGCUUUACCUGUUGGACAGAGAGAUAUCCUUCCAGAUGGAGCACCAUCACAUCCAGAUAUAAUAUGGAGUCCAUGGUCUGAUAAUUGUCAAAAAUUUGCUACCCAACAAUUAUGUGAAAAUGGUUUAGAAGUAGGAUUUGUUAGUCGUGAAUGUUUAGCUAAAAAUCCCAAAGAUUGUAAAGGACCAUUUUUUAGAUAUUGUACAUUAUCAUGUUAA